AUGGAGGUCACGAAUGUUAUGUUCGGCAUUCAGUUCGUGAUGGCCUUUGCGGAUGGCUUGGAUUCGAUACUUGUCUGUUCCAAAUUCCAUGCGAAUAUCAUGGUGCGAAUAUGUCCAACAUUCAUAACAUAUUUCUAUGAUAGCCCUCAGUACCAGCAUACAACUAAGUACAUCAAGCCAGAAAUAUGGGUUCUUGUCGUGGUAGCUGCGGCUACUUUUAUCCCACUCUACACAAGGAUUUGUCAACUAAUUGGAAAUAAAUCGUUUUCUGCAAGCGUUCUGGAUUGUGUGAUGAUUGCUUUAGGAGCUAGUCAAUAUUCGUUGCCACGAAAUGGAACCGUAAGAUUCAUCCUCGUUACUUGGAUUAUUUACUGUUUUCAUAUAAAUUUGAUGUAUCAAGUGCAAUUGGUGUCUGUGCUUACAAGACCAAUUGCUGAAAAGCAAAUAUCGACGCCAUCAGAGUUAAAAAACAGCAAACUUCCUUUUGGAUUUACGAAAAAUUUUGAGGUGCAUUUGAAACGGAUCAAUGACAGCGAGUCCAGAUAUUUCAUCGCCAACAAUCAGGAGUGCUCUUUUGAAACGUGCAUCACAGAAAUGCAUCGAAAAUCUUUCGCUACCAUUGGAAAUAGAAUGUAUGUUCAAUACGUGAUUGCUUUCGAGAAACAGAAUACCAAAAUCUUCACAUUUCGAGAACCAAUCGCUAAAAGCUUUGUGGAAGUUUAUAUGACGAAAGGAUUUCCAUUAAGAGAUAAACUCAAUUUCCUGCUGAGACGUAUGGUAGAGAUUGGGUACUUGUCGGGAUCUCAAAGCUUCUAUAAAAUGUUUGUGAGAAAUGUGUCAAUUGAUAACAGUAUUCGUUUCCGUAAAAGAGAAUUUCUCACUUUGGAACAUUUCGCUGGUGCAUUCAUUGUUCUUGCAAUCGGUGCCAUAGCCGGAACUUUGUCCUUUUGUGGGGAAGUGUGGAUUCGGAAACACAGGAAACGCCAAGGAGCUCAUCAGCCUGCAGCUGCCGGACAUGUUCAAAUGUUUUACCUGAUAACCCAUGGCUAG